AUGAGUUCUGGGAGUCUUAUUUUGAGCAUAUGUGCUUCUUUGUACCUUUACAAUGGUGGAAGAUGGACAAUAGUACUAUCAGCAUUUGUGUUGUCUUAUUUGUACAAACUUGAAAGGAAAUCAACAACAGUGACACCUCCCCCAAUUACAGAAAGUGUUCUAGAGGACAGCUCACAGUCACCAAUAUAUGCCGUGGACUUCACUUCGACUACAUUUACACCAUCAGCAACGACAAACAUCCCCAAAACCGUGCGUCUGCGGGCGAAAAGAUCACCCAAGAUCAUCAAGGCUAGCAAACCAACACCACCACAACAAUCAAAUGAGCCCAUCUUGACAAAGUCGCAAGUGGAUCUUAAAAAGUCACAGAUUUACAUUUUCUAUACUACUUUAACCGGCUCAUCCUUGAGGUUAGCCAAAAACUUGUACGAUAAGUUAUCACAAAUGGAGCUUUCGCAUGAGCCAAAGCUUCUCAGUCUCGAUGACGAUGUUGACGAUCUUGAGAAAUACUUUUUAAAGACUCCAAAAGAUGACGAUAAUACAAAGAGUAUAUAUCUUUUGGUGUUACCCUCAUAUGAAACAGACUCCCCUAUAGAUUAUUUUUUGGAACAUUUGAUUGAUACUUACCAAGAUUUCAGAGUUGACAAGUACCCCUUGAGAUCCAUUUUAGGGUUUGCCGUAUUGGGAACGGGAGAUUCUGAAAGCUGGCUGGGUGACAAAUUCUGCUAUCAAGCUAAAUUAGCUGACAAGUGGUUGGGCAAAUUGGGUGGUAGGAGAUUGUAUCCUUUGGGAGAGGUAUGUAUGAAAUACGAGGGCGAGCCAAAAGCAAAAGAAUGGAUUCAAAAUUUUGCUGAGCUAUUGGUGGACGAGGAGCCAUUUUACAUCGACGAGAAUAAUGAUGACGAGUUUGAUGAUAGUGAUAAAGAGGACAACAGUGAUGAUGCAAACACAUUAGUUGAUGUGGAGGAUAUGGGAGAUAUAAUACGCAAGACUGGCCAAAGAUCCACGCAGCAAAUGGAAGUGAAACAAAUGGUUGCCAAGGGCUCACCAACAUUCAAAACUCUCACGAAACAGGGGUAUACCAUUGUUGGCUCACACUCAGGUGUCAAGAUUUGCAGAUGGACAAAGUCAGCAUUAAGGGGAAGAGGAUCAUGCUACAAGUUUGCAUUUUAUGGAAUCAAAUCACAUUUGUGUAUGGAAACAACUCCAUCCUUGGCGUGCUCCAACAAGUGCGUCUUUUGCUGGAGACAUGGAACUAAUCCUGUAGCAAAACUGAAUUGGAGAUGGGAGUUGGAUCCACCAGAAAAAGUGAUGGAAGGUGCAUUACAAGGACAUUAUCAAAAGAUAAAGCAAAUGAGAGGUGUUCCCGGCAUCCAAAUGGACAGAUUUCAAGAAGCUUUCAAGGUGAAGCAUUGUGCAUUGUCGCUUGUUGGUGAACCAAUUUUCUAUCCCCAUAUCAAUGAAUUUGUUGGCAUGUUGCACCAGCAACACAUUAGUUCGUUUUUGGUUUGCAAUGCUCAACAUCCGGACAACUUGGCUAAGUUGUCAAAGGUUACUCAGUUGUACGUAAGUAUUGAUGCACCAACAAAGACUGAUUUGAAAAAAGUCGAUCGUCCAUUGAAUAGUGACUUUUGGGAACGAUUAAUGUCUUGUUUGGAUAUAUUGAGAACAACGCAAUCCCAUCAACGUACAGUUUUCAGAUUGACGUUGGUGAAAGGUUUCAAUAUGACUGAUAUCAAGAGUUAUGCCGACAUGGUUGAACGUGCCUUACCAUCUCAAAUUGAAAUCAAAGGAGCCACAUUCUGCGGUUCAUCAAAUGGUAAUGGAAACCCAUUGACUAUGCAAAACAUUCCAUUUUAUGAAGAGUGUAAGGAGUUUGUCAGGUCAUUAAGUGAUGAGUUGCGUGCUAGAAAUCUUGGAUAUGAUAUUGCUGCAGAACACGCUCAUUCAUGUUGUAUCUUGGUGGCACACGAGAAGUUCAAAAUCAAUGGCGUAUGGCAUACACAUAUUGAUUACCCCAAGUUUUUUGAGUUGUUGGAAUCAGGCAAGGACUUUGUUGAUAUUGAUUACGUCAAGCCAACUCCAGAAUGGGCAGUUUGGGGUUCAGAAGAGGCAGGGUUCAACCCAGUAGACACCAGAUGGGAUAGAAAAGCCGAAAAGUUGAAGAACAAGUUAGCUAGAGAGGAGGAAGCUAAAAGGAAGGAGCAAAUACCAAUGGAAGUGAUAUAG